CUAGUGCGAUCAGUAGUGAGAGGUCUGCUUAGGGAGGUGGUACUAAUCUCCGCCUUUCAUACGUGCAGCACGAUAUUCAGACAGUCACACGAGAAGAAGUAAGGUUGAGGUUUCCCCGCCCAGAACCGUCUUCAUCUUAGUUUGUCUUCUUUCGUCUCUUUCGUGGACACGGACAUAAAUCGGCAAAACUUCGUUGGCAGUUGAGAUCUUCGUCGGUUAAGAGCUCAAUCGACGAUAAGCUAGAGCAGUCUGGAUUUGGUACCGCAGCUACUAGUUUUCGUGGCAUUAAAAUCUCUUCGCUCUACCAGUAGAGAAGAAGAGCCGAGUCCAACCCAAUAUUAAUAUUUAACUAAACCUACACCCUCAGUCUCUACACACGUGUAAAGAGGAACCCUCCCAUAUCCACCAGCUCCUACUAAACUAAGAAUAGGUCCCUGCUGACCUACCCCCACCAGCUACCCCGACCACCUGACCUUGUACCUGUGAUAUCCUUGUUAUUGAUUGAUUGUUAUAUAAACCCAGCACGACUGUGAUAAACCGACUGCAAUAUGGCUUUUUACGGUCAUCCUGCUCCGUUCCAGCUUUACGCCUAUGCUCCGAUGCCGAUUCCCAAUCCUGAGUUUUACGCCGUGUACCCCCCUGGAGGUCCUGCUGGAGCAGGGAUGGAGGGAGGUCAAUUCUUCUACGAACCCAGUCACAAAGGAAAUUAUGGACAUCCAGGAAAACACUUUAACCGGAAGGAUUCUGCCGACUCCGGUAUCUCUGUUGACAGGAAGUCAUCAACCAACUCUAAUGUGAGUAUUGGCAGUAUCAUGGAGGAGCCUGGAGAGGAUACUAUUAAGGAGGAGAUUGUCUAUGUUGAACCUGAUCUAGAUCUCUGUGAGAAGAUCACCCAGCAGGUUGAGUUCUACUUCUCCGAUGCGAACAUUACUAAGGACAAAUUUCUUCUGAAACACGUGAAGAGGAACAAGGAGGGAUUUGUCAGUCUCAAGCUCAUAUCCAGCUUCAAGAGGGUCAAGCACCUAACCAAGGACUGGAGACAGGUCGCUACUGCUAUCAAGCAGUGCUCCAGCAGGUUGGAGAUCAACGACGUCGAGACCAAGGUCCGUCGUCUCGAGGAUCUACCUCCUUAUGACGAAACAACUCCGUCCCGCACGGUGGUUGUUCUAAACCUACCCAUGGAUCGCCCCACCAUUGAGGGAGUUGCAGAAAUAUUCAAAACUUGCGGAGAUAUUGUCCUUGUUAGGAUCCUGAGACCAGGGAAUCCGAUCCCUACCGACAUCAAGCAGUAUGUUGCCAAGCACCCGGAGAUGCUAACCAAGGUUUGCGCCCUGGUUGAAUUCGAGAGAACAGAAUUUGCUCAAAAGGCGGUGAAUAAUUUACAUGAGGAGGAGGAGGAGAAGAUGAAGGUGAUGGAGCUCACCGCCACUCCGCUCAAGAAUGGAAACAAGAAGAUUGAAGCGCGGAAGUUGGCUGAAAAGGCCGCUGCUAUGGCUAAGUCAGCUCCUCAAAGGAAGUACAGCCUUCAGAACAACUACAGCGCCCCCACCAUGAGCCAGGUGAUGGGACCCAGGGCUAGAAGGAUCUCUCUGAUGCCCAACAUGAAAUUUGGAUCCAUCCAUGAGGAUAUGAAGGAGAAUGUUGUUCCAAGGAAGGAGUACUCACUCAACCCCAACGCUCCAUCCUUCCAGAUGAACCCUGACGGAUCCUUCCAGAUGAUUCCUCCGAUGAACCAGAGGCGGAGAACCGGAAACCCAAUAAUGUAUAUGGAGGACGCUCCACAGUUUAUAGGUAUGCCAACCCGCCGUAUCUCAACACACGCCUUCAUGAAUGAAUCCGCCGUGGCAGGAUUAAAGGUUCCAACCAACGUGAUGAGGUUGCCCAAGGGUCCCGAGGGCAAGGGGUUCAGCAGCUGGUGCAAGAACAGGAUGGACGUUAAGGAGACAAAACGUCCGUCCAAGGCGAUACCAAUUGUUGCUCCGCCGACCAUUGUUACCCUGGCAGAGUCCCCUGAUGAGAAGGCAGAGGAGGAAGAGGAACCUGUUCCUUCAACCUCCAAGGAUAACCUCCAGGUUCCUUCUAUCAAGGUGGAGGCUGCAUCCUCCGCUGAGGGAAGUGAGGACGAGGCUGUUGUCCCGGACAAGGCCGACUCCUGUGACUCCGGCCACGAGGAUACCUGCUCCGAACCUGACGCUCAUGAAUACCCUCUUGGGGCUCACGAGAAAACUCGUUAAACCUUCAGUAUUAUAUUCCGCUAGCCUAGCCUACCCUGUAUAUACUCGGAUCCCAUGACUAACCCCCACCAACCCUCUCUACUGUAUGAGUGUCGAAUCUAGUCAUUCCAUGAAUCAUCCUUAGACCCUCUUCUCCAUCCUUUCGGUUUAUCCUUUAGCCUUACCUUGCCUUUCGAACCCUACUCUGUCUUUCUUAGAAAGUUCAAAUAUUCCUGUAAAAUUAUUCAUCCAAUUAUAAAUUAUAAUCAUGUUAUUCUAACACUAAAUUCCUUUCCUCUCUUCCCUGGCGCUGCAGCGGCUACCCCUGGAGAACCUGGAACCUGAACCUUCCAAGAAGAAUCAAGAUAUAAAGCAAAAACCCUACCCUGAGCUGAAUCCGUCCUGCUCUUAGUGUUUUUUAGUAGAUUAAUCUUCGGGACGGAUUCAGCUCUCGUCCUGUCCUUCAUUUGAUCUGUACAUAAACUUCAUCUCUCUCUCCAGGUCCUAAUAAUAAUAAUAAUAAUAAGAGGCUAGUCAUAAAUCUAAAUCUGAGUCAUAAUGUAAAAUAUUAAUCUAGAACAUUUUUAAACUUGCGGCCAAAAAUUUACUUAACUCAGAAGCAUACAUUAAUUCCUCCUUAUAACAAAGGAAUGCUUUUUUAGAAUAAUUGGUAGUAAUCCAUGAUAUACUGUACAGUGUGCAGUAAAAAUACUUUAAACUUUUUGUAUCAAAAUUUAUAUAUUUUUAAGGCGGCAAAUUUUUGAUUGGAAAUUGACAUUUCGGAAUAUGCGCAUUUUGCUAAACUUGUUAAAUAUUUGUA